AUGGCUAGGAUGCAUCUUUGCGAGGAUGUAGUUCCGCUGUGCGCCCUGUUAGCUAUAGAUUGCAUUAACGUUAGUGCCAGCAUUUUGUUCAGAGCGGCCACUAUCCACGGCAUGAAUUACUACGUUUACAUCGUCUAUUCCACCGCUGUUUCCACUCUUGUUCUCCUUCUUCCUCUCCCCUUCAUCCUCCAAAGCUCAACUGGCCUUCCUUCAUUCACGUCGUCUCUGUUCUUCAGAAUUUUCCUCCUUCGAGUGAUCGGGAUGGAAAAGGCAGAGUUAAGAAGUUCAAAGACUCAGGCCAAAAUCAUGGGUUCAGCAGCAUCGAUAGCCGGUGCCCUCCUAGUUGUUAUCUUCAGGGGUCCUACGCUCAUGCCAGCAUCUUCUUCAUGGCCACCUACUCCUGCAAAUUCUUCACUGGAUUCUUCAUCGCCGCAGACGAAAUGGGUUCUUAGUGGCUUCCUACUUCUUGUUCAGUAUCUUACAGUUCCAAUCUGGUAUAUUGUUCAGACCCAAGUUACAAAAGAAUAUCCAGCAAAGCUGAUGGUGGUGUUUUUAUACAACCUGUGGGGGACUAUCGUAGCUGCGCCACCGUGUUUAAUAGCAGAACCAGACUUGAGCGCCUGGAAGAUAAAACCUGACAUAUCCUUGGCCUCCGUUUUUAACCCAGCGUGGGGUCCCCAUCUGAAAGGCCCUUUGUAUGUCACAAUCUUCAAGACCCUCUCCGUCGCCAUUGCUGCUGCUAUGAGCGUCAUUUUCCUGGGCGAUGCUCUCGUUAUUGGAGCAGUGAUACUGUCUGUUGGGUUUUACGCGGUGAUAUGGGGGAAAGCGAAAGAAGCAGCAGAGUUAAAACUAAAAGAGAAGCACGGCUUGUGCAGCUCAGAAGAACAAACGAAUUGCAGGACUCCUUUGUGGCAGAACUGCGACGAUGCCGAAGAUAAUAGCAAAUGA